AUGGUCCCGAAGCUCUUUGUGUUUGGAGAUUCUUACGCUGAUACCGGAAACAUGAAGCCCGACGCAGAGUCUUGGAUCUCCCCUUACGGUAUAACUUUCCCCGGUAAACCUUCCGGUCGUUAUUCUGAUGGUCUCACCUCCACCGAUUUUCUAGAAACGCCGUAUCAAUGGAGAACUCACGGAAGAAAGAAACUUAGAUUGGAUCGAGGGAUGAAUUUUGCGUCCGGAGGGUCUGGAGUGUUCACGGCUGAUCCAUUCCCUAAUUUGACUGCUCAGGUCAAUUCCAUGGCUGACCUUCUCCUCGCCCGCCGUGUCUACACUCCGGAAGAUAUUUAUCCCUCUGACGUCUCUUUCAUUAGCUAUGCCGGAGGCGACUAUUUUGAUUUCAUCCUCCAAAACCGCCCUGCCGCUGAUUUGAAAGCAUUCAUAGAGAAAGUCGUGGAUGAUUUAUACGUUAGAAUAAUAUUAAUGGGCGGUCUACUAUUUAAAAAGAUAGCAAUAACAUCGCUGCAGCCUAUUGGAUGCAGCCCCUUUUUCACCUCUGCAUCCUCUUACAAGAGCUGCAACGAGCCAUACAGCGAAUUGGUAAAAGUCCACAACAAUUCGUUGAAAAAAGUCGUGGCCAAGCUUAACGAAAACUCUAGGCUUAAGAAGAAGGGGCAGCAUUACUUUAUCAUCGAUCGUGACCAUUUUGAAGAACAAAGGUGA